UCGAUCGAUAGCUCUGUGCUUGAUGUAUAUUCGCUUGCAACGCAUGCUGGUCAGGUAACCACAUGUUGUCGCUUUCUUCUGGUGUUGUACUGCCGCAUACAGUUGCAUGUAGUAUAAUUUUGUACCAUAAAUAGGUAUAAUUAAGUAGGAGUCCAUUAUAAAUAAGAGGUUUCCAUUUACAUCUCGAAAAUGUCGCAGGUACAAGCUAGAUUCUUCACAGAACUUAAAAAGUAUGCAAUAGAUGAUGUUCCCUUCUCAAUCCCAGCCUCCUCUGAAAUUGUUGAUCUCAGCAACGUCAUUAACAAACUCCUGGAAGCUAAAAGUGAGGUCCACCAACAUGUGGAGUUUGACUUUCUCAUCAAGGGUCAGUUCCUGCGCACUGGUCUGGCCAAACACAUGGAGACUGAGAGCAUGUCAACGGAAGACGUGGUUGAGAUUGAGUAUGUGGAGAAGUGCACAGCCCCUCAGCCCGAGCAGUGCAUGAUGCACGAUGACUGGGUCAGUGCUGUAGAGGUUGAUGGAGAAUGGAUUUUGACUGGCUCCUAUGAUAAAACUGCCCGAAUCUGGUCAUUAGAGGGAAAGGCCCUUAUGACGAUUGCUGGGCACACUGAGGUUGUGAAAGAUGUGGCUUGGAUUAAACGAGACGGCUUCACUUCCCUGCUCCUCAGCGCCUCCAUGGAUCAGACUGCUAUCCUGUGGGAAUGGCAUUCCGAGAGGAACAAGGUGAAGGCUCUGCACUGCUGUCGAGGGCAUGGAGGGAGCGUGGAUUCCAUCGCCGUCGACAACACCAGAACCAAAUUUUGCAGUGGAUCCUGGGACAAAAUGCUCAAGAUUUGGUCUGCAGUUCCAACAGAUGAACAGGAUGACAUUGAAGAUGCAGCAGCCAGACCCAGGAAGAAACAGAAAAUUAAACAAAUGGGAUUAACUAGGACACCCCUGAUGACCUUGUCUGGCCACAGCGAAGCCGUAUCCUCAGUACUUUGGUCUGACACUGAAGAAGUAUGCAGUGCAUCAUGGGAUCACACCAUCAAACUGUGGGACGCAGAGACUGGAGGGCUUAAAUCCACUUUGACAGGAAACAAGGUGUUCAACUGCAUCUCCUUCUCUCCACUUUGCAAGAGGCUGGCUUCAGGCAGCACAGACAGACACAUCCGGCUCUGGGAUCCACGCACUAGAGAUGGUUCCCUGGUGCAGCUUUCUCUCACCUCCCACAAUGGUUGGGUUACAGCAGUGAAAUGGUCACCAACACACGAACAUCAGCUCGUGUCAGGAUCUCUGGACAACAUUGUUAAGCUGUGGGACACAAGGAGUUCCAAGGCUCCUCUGUAUGACUUGGCUGCUCAUGAAGACAAAGUCCUCUGUGUGGACUGGACAGAGAGAGGGUUGUUGCUAAGUGGAGGAGCAGACAACAAAUUGUACACCUACAAAUACUCUGCUCCCACUUCUGACGACGGCGCGUAAAGCAGUCAGGAGGUUGCUGGGAGACCCGUGUCUGUUGACUGAACCGUUUCUUCUACGUUUCCAGCUUUGGCUUUUAUCCAGUAGGAACAGAAGAUUCUAGAACACAUUAACUUUUAAUGAAACCUGAAUCAUUUACCAAAUAAAAAGAAAAAUACAAUUACUUUGGCCUUCCAAACAAAAUGAGGUUUGGAUUUUCAGACCCAUGUGAUUUGACUAACAAUUUCUGAUUUAAUUUUUUAUUUAUUUACUGUACCUGCUUGCCAUCUUAUUAGAAAAAACUAGUCUUUCACGCUUGUGUGGACCAGUGGUUAUUCAACCUCCUACAUCAAUUCAUUGGUUUUUUUUUUUUGGAAAGUCUUUAAAAUAUUCUUCUUUCAAAGCAUAAUAUUAUAAUACUGUAUUUCUAGGUCAUCACCAACAAAUACUAUUUGUCACAGGAAUGAAACUAAGACCUCUUGCAUAGCAGUUUGAUCCCUUCCUGGUUUCACUGAGUUUAGUAAAAUCCACCUGAUCUUGUUACCUCUACACUGAUGCUAAUCAGAUUUGUAGUAAAACCCAGAAUGGGUGAAACUGCUAUGCAAUAGGAGUCUUAUUUCCACCCCUGUACCACCUUCAGUCAAGUUCUCACCACGUAGGGAGCAAGUGACUCUGCUCCUUUGCAUAAGCAGUACACCUGCCAUGGAACUAUUUGCUCAGUCGCAUCAAACACAGUUCAGUCCACUUAAGCUGGAAUGCCCCUAUACAUAAAUGCCGUUUUCACAGAAGCCUCACAUGGUAUUUUUUCCCCCCACCCCCAAGCCUAUAUAUAAAUGUUACAAGGCAUCCUUUUUUCAUUUUGUGGGCUUAUGCAGUAGAACCUCAAAAUUACAAAAUUUAUACUUACUGGUUGAUCAACCAAACAGACCACUUAAACUGAGAGUGGCUCCUGGCUACAUAAUUCAUGGAUUUUUUAAUUUUUUUUUUUUUUUUUAUAUAAAUAUGACUUUGCAAAGGUAACUGAGAAACAUGUUUUUUUGUUUGUUUGUUUUGAUUUGUUUUUAGAAUUAGGCUUUUAAUGAUCUCAUCAACAAUGAUAUGUGUGGAAAAUUAUUAUUGUUAUUUUCACAGAAGCAUGAGUCCAGUCUGGAGAAUAAAGAGAUAUUUUUAUUUCUA